CGCCGGUGCCGUAGGGGGCGCUGUGAGUCUAUCGUUCUCACAGUCGACCAACGCACAGCAGACGGGACUGAUGGGUCAGAGGUGAAACAUGGUGGCGCACGCUGAUACACGCGUGGUCCACAGAGGUGGAAGCAAAAUAAACUUUAGAGCACCUGUGAUCACUCAAGACUCAAGGUUCCUGAUCUGCGUGUCGGGUGAGUGCAUAAAGGUGUUCAGCACAUCCACGGAGGAAUGCAUCCAUCACCUUCAGGGACACAAAGAGCUGGUCACAGGGCUCGUCCUCAACCCCUCAAACCACCUCCAGGUGUUCUCGUGUUCAGAGGAUGGAACCAUCAGGCUGUGGGACUUCACAGAUGGCAUCCUUAUUAGGACCUACAAUGUCAGGAGACGCAUCUUGUCAAUGCAUGUUUCUGCAAAAGGAGACGUUUUCCUUGUGAUGCCAGUAAAGAGGAACAAGAAGGAGAAGUUUGGGCUGGUUUCUCUGAACCUGCCCCCCAGUGUGGAGCAGCAUGUGAUGGUCAAGGGGCACACCAUUGUGUUCCAAAGCGUCAGCACCGAUCCCAAGUGCAUCGCCUUCGGCCAAGGGGGGGAAUACGUGGCAUCUGUUAAAGAUAAUGUGCUGCAUGUCUACUUCUUGAACAAGAAGACUUUCUACCGGUUUGCGCUGGGCACCUCUGGUGAAUUGGCAGCCAGAAACGCCUUCACCUGCGUGGCCUGCCACCCCAAAGAUGACUGCAUCGCUACCGGACACGGCGACGGAAAGAUCCGCUUCUGGAGAAACUUCAACCAGGAGAAGGAGUACACCUUCUCUACGGUUCACUGGCACCACAGUGGGGUCAACGCUCUCUGCUUCACCCCAGAAGGUACUAACCUGCUGAGUGGGGGUCUGGAGUCAGUGCUGGUCCAGUGGCGCUACGGCCAGGAGGGUCAAAAGGACUUUCUGCCCCGCCUCGGGUCCUCCAUCAAAGAGAUCGUUGUGUCCCCCGACGGGUCGCUCUUUUGCACCUCCCACACCGACAACAAGAUCACGGUCAUCAAGAACUGCACCAAGGUGUCUGCUGUCAUCCAGGGCUUGGUCCACGGUGACGGUGUGAAGACGGCGCUGAUGGUGGACCCCCGCACCAAGGCCCUGGUACUGAACGGGAAGCCAGGCCACCUGCAGUUCUACUCCCUGCAGCGCGACCAGCAGCUGUACAACCUGGACAUCGUGCAGCAGGAGUACAUCAACCAGUCGAACCUGGACCAGUUUGAGGUGGUGAAGGCAGCGCUGGACUCCCGGGGCAGCUGGCUGGCCACGGUGGAGCAGAGGAGCGCCAAGGAGGUGGAGAUCAGCCUGAAGCUGUGGGCCUUUGACGAGCACACACAGAGUUUUGUGCUGAACACCACCAUCUCGGCCCCCCACGACGGCCCGAUCAGCGAGAUCUGCUUCAGCCCCUCCAGCCAGAACAGCACCACGCUGGUCUCGGUCAGCCUGGACGGACACUUCAAGGCCUGGCAGCUGACCCAGCCGGACCCCUCCGACGAUGAGGAGGCGUCUUGGUCCUGUGACUUUGUGGGAGACUAUCACGGCCUGGAGCCCAAGUGCUGCUGCUUCUCGGCCGACGGCUCCCUAUUGGCCGUCAGCUUCAAGGAGGUGGUGACGGUGUGGAGCCCCGCCUCCUGGGACCUGCUGACCACGCUUUCGCAACCACCAGGAGCCAUCCAGGACUUGUGUUUCGGGCGUCUUAGCUGCUCCAAGUACCUACUGGGCGCCACCGACAAGAACCUGUGCUGCUGGAACCUGCUCACCUGCUCCUUGGAGUGGAGCACUGCCCUGGACGUCAGCCUGCUCCUGGCUGACCCCCUGUCGGAAAACGUCGCCGCCUUCUGCGGCGCGGAAAAGACCACUGACCUGUUUGUGUUCCGGCCCAGCGAGCCGCGCCCCCACUUCUCCCAGCAGGCCCUGUGCACGGGCCGGGUGACGCGGGCCGUGUUCGCCCCCCGGGACGAGCCUCUGGACGGCUGUGAGGAGAGCAACCAGUGGCUGAACCGCUCCCAGCUCUACUUCCUCACCCACAACAUGGAGCUGUUGACAUUCCUGACCAAGCCCGAAGAGGAGCGACUGAUGGCUUUGAGCAAACAGCCAACGAUUGAUGACAGCGUUGCCAUGACGCCGUUCUACCUUUUGCUGGGGAAGCACCGCAAGCGGCAAGAGGAAGAGAGGGACAUACUGAGCAGCCAAUCAGGAGUCAGAAACCUGCUUCCACAGGGCUCUGUGGCCAUCAAGGAGCUCCUCCACACCCCGUCCCACGUCCUCCCAUCCACCUCCAUCCUCUGCUCCAUGUUUGUCAGCUCCCUGCUGGUCUCGGUCUCCGACAGCAGAGACGAGGAACAGCCCACCGAGGUGGAAAUGGAGAGCGAGAAGGAGGAAGAAGACUCCGAGGAGGAGGGUGCGUCCGUACCCCCCAGGCCGGAGCAUGAGAGCUCAGACACGGGGGCCAAGCUGGGCCCCGUUCUCACCAAGGCAGAGCACAGGGAACUGAGGGGGGUGAAGAACCUGGACUACAGCUGGAUCCGUGGGCUGGUGACCAGCAAUCCAGUGGUCAACACCACCCAACAAAUGGUCAAAACCCCGAAACAGAGGGGCAAAACCCCUAAACCAAUGGCCAAAACCCCCAAACCAAAGGCCAAAACCCCCAAACCAAUGGUCGAAACCACCGAACCAAUGGUCGAAACCACCAACCCAUGACCGUGCAGAAACAGUCCAGACACACGCACAGAGGAAAACACGCGCAUACAUAUUUAUAUAUAUACACAAACAGACUCACUCAAACAUUUACCAGACAUUAAAUUGUAAUAAAUGAACCUUUUUUUCACCAAGUGUCAAUAUGGUGUUUGUUUUUUGGGCUGGUAAAUAAUCUUUACAUAUUCAGCUAAAACAUAUUUUACAAAUGUCGGUUAUUUUGUGUGCAUGAAGAUAUAGGUCCACCUAGGUCAAUAUCUUCAAGCCAGACUUGUUCAAAGCUGGUUACAAAACUUUAAUGUUGCACUAUUGUAAUGUAGCUAUCAGGCAUUGCUUAUUCUAUCCAUCAGCAUUAUUGGAUUGGUAGCGUAAAAGAAAAUGGGACUCCACUGCAUAGAAUGUAUACCUCUAGCAAUUAAUUAGUAUAGUUAUUUAAGUCCUGUAUUGGUACUGUUACUACUACUGUGCAGUGUACAUUGCAGUGGCGUCGGAUGACUACACUUACCCCUGUGCUGUGCGAAAUUGGUUCACUCGCAGCGUAAACGGUUCAUCGUCAUUGUGUGGUCUUGUGUAUACGAACAGGCAAAAAGAUGGGCUAAUUCUGCAUGUCUAAACAGGAACUUUACGCUUAUAACAUUGAUUUGUCUCAAUACUUCAGUCUUCUCUGAGAUUAUUCAUGAACCGUUUACCAUGAUUUAUUUAUCCCUUUUAAUUAGUCCAAUUAAAUAGGGAAUACUUAAUUUGGUUCCCCAAUAACUAACACUAACUUUUUGGCCGAGGAAGAAACCCUAACCCUGUUAACGAUUGCAUUAACCACAUUUUAAUUGUAGAUCAGAAAUAUUAGUGAUAGGUUGUUGCAAUAUUCGAUUCAUGUAAUGUUAUUAGUUCUCCUAAAACCUUUGUUAUUCAGCGUUAGAAGUUUUCACUUUAGGGUGAGGGACUGAACUGGAGCAUCAUUAUAUUUUAUUACAUGCAGUUAAUGUCAUGGAAUAUGCUCCAUGGUCAUUGAAAGACAGGUUGCAAAACCUUUCAAAUAAGUUAUGAGACUACCUGUGUAAGAUCGGAGAUAUAUUAUACAAUAGUAACACAAUUUACCUAAAUUAUAAAUGAUAUUCUCUUAAUGCAGAAGAAGAAAAAAUGCUAAAACCAAGUAGUCAACUCUUAUUUCUCCCUCAUUAAGGGAGAGA